CAGUUCACUGUGGUUCCUCUGUGGGUUCUAGGUGACUACCUGGGUGGAGAAGCAUACUGGGCAGGGGGUCUGCACCUCUACACUCCUCUACCAUUCAGACCAGGCAAGGGAGGCUUUGGAGACCUUUUUAGAACACAUUUCUUUCUCAACGCAGGAAAUCUCUGCAACCUCAGCUACGGUGACGGUCCACGAGCACACCUUCAGAAGCUAGCUGAGUGUAUCCGCUGGUCGUACGGAGCGGGCAUCGUACUGCGGCUCGGAAACAUCGCCAGACUGGAGCUCAACUACUGUGUGCCCAUGGGAGUUCAGAGUGGGGACAGGAUAUGUGACGGUGUCCAGUUUGGAGCUGGAAUCCGUUUCCUGUGACCUCACCUGUCUGCCGCCCCGAGUCCUCCAGUCGCUGAUGUGAAAAGGAAAACGUUUUGUCAUGUGUCACCUGUAACUUGUCGUAGACUGUAACACUAGCAUGGAUCCUGGAUAAAAAUGUGCCUGACCUUGCCAAACUCUUCUUUUACAUGCAACAAAAUGAUAGUUAGACAUUUUACAGAGCUCAGCUGAUUGGUCAGUCAGAAGCAACCUGAUGUAAAAUUAGCAGCUCUGUAAAAACCAACACUGGUGAAAGCGUUUCUGCAGUCAUUGAUCGAUGAUUCCUCUUCAUGAUUUGUUUGCUUUUCCUUUGUUUGAGGUCAGCAGCACUGGCACCUUGUUUGUGGUAAAAUAAUCCAACCAAGUUGUUUCCGUGACAACACAAAAUAAAUAAUUUCCAGAAUGUUUAAAGAUGUUCUGGGCAUGCUACAUGCCAUCCGCUUCUCCAGGAGCAUCACAUGUUAAUCAUUUAAUCUGACAGUUAAACAUACACCGCACGCUCUCUCCUGAGUGUUUGCUCGAGUUGUACUUGAUGGACUGCAGAGUAGAAACCAGCACUCUUUUGAUCACAACGGUGGCGCGGGAAGGAAGCGAGGAGGAGCGGCGUUCCCGUGCUCAUCUGUCAGACGUGCAGAGGCGGGAUGCCUCCCCCCGAGCAGCAUCCACCAACAGUGCUCUUACCUCUUUUUGAUGUUGUUCAAGCUAUUCACAAAUAAAUCACAUCUGCUCCCUG